GGCGACGACUCAAUCUCGUCUUCCUCGUCAAAUUAUCAGUCAUUCUUCCUUGUUCGUCCUCCAAUUUGGUAGAAGAUGUCGAAAACUGAAGACAACAACGAAGCUUUUUUGGGUGAGGAAGCUGAUGGUACUACAGAAUCUUCUGCGGGAAGGAGAAGACCCACGACAGAGCGAUCAAGCAGUGAUUUUCCAAAACCGAAGAAAGCAAAGAAAAAGCAAGCUCAUAGAGCUGAAGUUUGGCAGCAUUUUAUUGAGAAGGAAGAUCUUGUAGGUCUAGCUAGGUGUCGGUAUUGUUCCCAACAGAUUGGCUGUGAUACUAAGUUACAUGGGACAAGUUCCAUGAAGAGUCAUCUGCUAAGAUGCAAGUUUUUCAAGGCACAUCAAGAUCUUAGUACUCAGAAGGUGUUGGCUGGUGAUAUGAGGGGUGCAAUCACUACAGUUCCUUAUGAUAAAGCGCUUUUUAGGAGGUCAGUGAAUGAGUUGCUUGUUUUGUGUGAGUUACCAUUUGCAUUUGUGGAGUCUGAAGGCUUUAGGAGAUUCUGUGCAAAUAUGCUUCCAUUGUACACGGUUCACUGUAGGAGGACAGCAACUGAAGACGUCUUUAAGAUGUUUCUUAGUGAAACAGCUAAAUUGAAGAGUCUGUUUAGCUGUGAACAGCAGAGAGUGUCUUUGACGACUGCUAUUUGGGUUGCUCCUACAACUGCUUGCAGCUACAUGGUGAUCACUGCUCAUUGGAUUGACAGGGGCUGGGAUUUGCAGAAAAGGAUUAUCUGGUUCAAGCCUGUGACAGAUCAUAAAGGAGACACCAUUGCUGAUCAUCUUAGAGCAUAUGCUUGUAGGUCGCUGGGGCCUAAUGCAUUAGUUAGAGACGGUUCAUUAAUCCAUAUGUGUUGCUGUGCACAUAUACUGAACUUGAUAGUCAGAGAUGGUCUAGCAAAGGUAAAUGAAAGCAUUGUAGCCAUUAGGAAUGCAAUUAGGUAUGUAAGAUCAUCAGGUGAUAGGUUGAAAUCAUUUAAGUUGAGGGUUGAGACAGAGUUGCAUUUGAGAAGUUACUUCCAGGAAUCAGAAGAAGAUAAUGGAGAGAGUGGAGAGAGUGGACCAGAGGGUGCAAAGAAGAGGGUUGGACCUCCUACUUCAAAAGGCUGGGAUGAUGUGCAAAGGUUAGUGAAGUUCUUAAAGAUCUUUUUCAACUGCACAUUGGCUUUUUCAGCCACUAAGACAGUUACUUCUACAAUCUGUUACCAUGAGAUAGUGCUUAUUGAAAGAAGUUUGAUUAAUUUGAGCAUCAAUAAUGAUCAAGAGUUGCGGCUUGAAGCAAUGGAUAUGAGGGCCAAACUUGAGAAGUAUUGGGAUGGUCUGAUCAAUAUGAAUCCACUAGUGAUCAUUGCUAGUGUGUUUGAUCCUAGGAACAAGAUGCAGUUUGCUAAUAUCUGCUUUGACAAGCUUUAUGGGAAGGAUAGUUUGGAAAGUGACCAUCUGAAAAGCUCCAUUAAGAAGCUGCUAAAGAACUUGUUUGAAGAGUAUGUGCAGAGAUUAUGUAACAACUCUCAAGCUGAAAGUACAAGAAACAAGAGUGGAGAAGUCGAUGAUUUGGCACCGCUUUUUGAGGAGGAUGAUGAAUUAGAAAGUAGGGGUUCAUUGUGUGAUGAGUUGGCUACAGAGACAGUGAAUGAUGUAGCGACCAGUGAGCUUGACAUUUACUUGUUGGAAAAGGCUGUGCCAAGGCAAAAAAAUAGAUUGGGUAUGGACUAUGAUGUCUUAUCAUGGUGGAGACGCAACAGCCAUAAGUUUCCAGUCUUGUCAGAAUUUGUGAAAGAUGUCCUUGCCAUUCAAGUGUCUUCUGUGGCUUCAGAGUCGGCAUUCAGUACAAGUGGAAGGAUUUUGGAUCCUUUCCGGAGUUGUCUAUCCCCUCACAUGGUUGAAUCUCUCAUUUGCACACAACAAUGGUUGAGGAAUACCAUUCAUCAAGAGAAGCUUGCAAAUUUGGUUCAAAUGCUAGAAGAAUUGGAUUUCCAUGAGUCCUUGGUUGCAGGACCCAAAACAGUGGCUGAUGAUGCAGACUUGCCGCCGUGAUCACUUGAAGUCUUGAAGGGCUCUGUCUUUUUGG